GUUACAUUUGAGGAACACUAUCUAUCAGCAGAAUGAAACUUAUCCUGCUCAUCGCCGGUCUAAUGGCCCUGGCCGCAGCCCAGGAAGAUCGGUACACCAACAGGUUCGACAACAUCGAUCUGGAUGAGAUCCUGAAAUCGGACCGGCUGUUCAAGAAUUACUUCCAGUGCCUCACGGAUAUGGGUCGCUGCACUCCGGAAGGCAAGGAACUGAAACGCGUUCUACCGGAAGCCCUGGCACAGUCCUGUGCAAAGUGUAGUCAAAAGCAACGGGAAGCCGGAGAUCGCGCCUUCAAGUACCUAUCCGAGAACCGGCCGGAAGAGUGGAAAAUUCUUCGCGCACGUUACGACCCGGAGAAUAAAUAUGCCACCAAUGCCUAAAGGGAAGGAACCAUGUCGUGAGCAGAUGGGUUAGUUGAUUGAUUGUUUUAUGUUAUUUGUUCGAUUUUUUUGUUCCAAUUUAAUGCUCAAUUGUUCAAAUUAAAAGUGAUAAUUUCCAUU